CUGUAAUUAAGCUGGCAAAGCCAAGUGUAAUAUAAACAAAGAGAUUUGCAGAAAGCGUGACAGAAUGAGCGCAUUGACAGCAGUUUGGAGAAAAUGAGUGGAAAAUUGAUAUAAAGGGAAAAUUUUAAAAAAUUAGGAUAAUCAAAAGAAAUUAUUAAGAAAUGAAAUAUUUAAUUAGUUUAAAUAGUGCCGAAUUAAGAAUAGAAACACAAUAUUUUCUAAUAGGAAGUUAAAGUCACAUUAAUUAGUCAAAACGAAAAGUUUACACUCGUAAAAAUGGAUCAUCAAAAUGUUGGUUGUUGGGACUCGGUGUUAUUAGAGAAUGAGUCGGAAAAUUGCUUCAUCUCAAACUUACAGCAGAGAUUUAAACGGGAUUUUAUAUAUACUUAUGUUGGAUCACAUCUAAUAUCCCUAAAUCCGUUUUGUAAGCCAUCGACAAUAUUUUCUCCAGAUUUAAUUAAUUCAUAUGCGGAAAAAAGUUUAUUUCAAUUGCCUCCUCACAUAUAUUCGUUGACAAAUAAUGUUUAUAAAUCGUUACAAGAUAAUAAUGAGGAUCAAUGCAUUGUCAUGUUAGGUGAAUCGUCAAGUGGAAAGACAGAAAAUUGUCGUAUGAUUAUAAGAUUUCUAUCGAAAAUAUCGGGUAGAUUUAUGCCACUUCAACGUCAACGAAGCUCAAAUUCUAUUGGAAGUUACAAGAGCUGCUCUUCUCCAAAGUCUUCAAGUUCAACACCUAAACAUAAAUCAUCAACAUCAACACUUCAGCAUUCACACGAAAAAUCAACGAGUAGUUGUUUUAAAACAAUAGACGGAAGUGGAAGAAAUAAGAAAAUAUCUCGAGUAGAGUUCGAUUUUUCCAAGUGUAGUAGCGAUACGAACGAUAUAAUAGACGAUAGGCACGACCUGAUAAAAUAUUGUCCAAAACAUAAUUGCUGUAAUGUAUCGUCAUCAUCGUCGACCACAUCGAAUCCAAUUGAUAUACCGUCGUUGCCAAGACACAGAAAUAAUAAAACGACUUCUAAUUAUCACCCGCAUUAUCAUCAUUCGCAUCACCAUACAAAUGAACUUCCAGCUAUUUCGAAAAGUUUUACAAUAUAUGAGACUAUGAAUCGUGUUCAUAAUAGUAAAAAGGUGCCAAAUUGUCUUGAUCAUUAUCAGAGUAAUCCAACGGUAAAGGAAUCUGCCAGAUGUGAGAGUUUGGAUAGAAUUAAAAUUAACAAUCAUUCGGAUAAGAUUAAAUUGACAGAUUUAAGUAGUUCGUUUGACGAGACGAUUCAGCAGUUAUCAAAAUUACGUUCGUCUAAUGAAAGGAACUCCUCACCGUCGUCAACACAUGUUAGAGAUUCAUCCUAUAAUCGCAGUAAAAUUAAUUUGGAUAACUUUAAAAGUGCCAAACGAAAAGUGCCAAUCAAAAAUCUCAGAAAUUUCCAUUUAACAAGUCUAGAAAUCCAAACCAUGAAAGAACGAAUCGCACAAGCAGAAAUUUUCCUUGAAGCCAUGGGCAAUGCUUUAACAUUCAAAAAUCGUGACUCUAGUCGAUACUAUGAUAUACUCAAGGAUACAAACUCUGAUGAUGACGAUAAAUUUCAAUUUGCAUUUACGAAAAAAUCCUUAGAGAUUCUUGGAUUCACGGGCGAGGAGAUACUUUCAAUUUUCAAAAUCAUCGCUGUUAUUUUAAAAUUAGGCAAUUUAAAUUUUAUACCAAUUACGAAUAUUGAUGGCAGUGAGGGUUGUGAAAUUUCCAAUGAUUAUGAAAUUAGAGAUAUAUCACAAUUAUUAGAUAUAGAUGAACAAAUUUUGCUCAAUUGUCUCACAAAGUCAGGAUCAUCGUGGAUGCAAUUAGAAAAUGGAUCGGAACUGGAUGCAAUAAAUGCGGCACUUAUAAAUAAAGCUUUAUGUCGAACACUUUACGGACGUUUAUUUACCUACGUUGUUAGUCGAAUUAAUGAGUCAUUAAAGAUAAAGAAUCUUACAAAUCGAGGACGUAAUUUAGGCGUUUUAGAUUUUUUUGGAUUCGAGUCGCUUGAGAAGAAUGGCUUCGAGCAAUUUAACAUCAAUUAUUGUAAUGAGCGUAUUCAUCAGUCCUACAUUAAAAUCGUACUUAAAUCGCAACAAGAUUUAUACUUGAGGGAAGGAUUAGAUUGGACCAAAAUCGAUUUUUAUGAUAAUCAGCCAGUUUGUGAUCUCAUUGAUAAGCCUCCACAUGGCAUCUACUAUCUGAUGGAGGAACCAAAGGUUGUUAGCGAUGAGAUUUUAUUGCAACGACUUGGUCAAUGUUGGUCGGGUCACGUGAGUUUUUCGACUCAAGAUCAUGUGCCACCUCGAUGUUUUCAAAUUCGUCACUUUGCCGGAGCCUUAGAUUACAAUAUAGACGGUUUUAUAGAGAAAAAUACUGAUAGAAUACCAAAACACUUAAGCUCUAGUCUUUUCCAAAGCAAAUUGUCAAUAGUACAAAAUUUAUUUCCGGAAGGAAAUCCGAAACGAGCUUCUAAAAAACCAACAAACUCUAGUUCAAUUCUUCGUUCGUCACUUCAGAAUCUCUUGUCGAAAAUAGAACAACGUAAAUGUCAUUAUGUAUUCUGUAUAAAGUCAAACGAUAAACGAUUGCCGAAAAUGUUUGAGGUACCAAUUAUACAACAUCAAGUGCGAUUUAUGAGCUUGAUGCCAGUUGUUGCUCUUUGGAGGAAUGGAUUUUAUUUUAAUUUCAAUCAUAUGAAGUUCUUGAAUCGCUAUAAAAUUCUGAGUCCAUUCACAUGGCCUCAUUUUCAUUCGAACUCAGUCGUAGAAUCAAUUGCUCAAAUUAUACGAAGUGUCCCUUUGCCAGCUGCUGAAUUUGCCAUAGGAUUAACCAAAGUCUUUAUCCGUAGCCCAAGAACUUUGUACGAAUUGAAUGAAUUUCGUAAUCAUCGACUUAAUUCUUUAGCAACAAUAAUCCAAAAAGCUUUUAGACGCUAUUCACAGCGCAAUCAUUUCCUUAAAAUGAGACGAAGUCAAAUUAUUAUAUCAAGUGCAUGGAGAACAUGGAGAGAGUGUUGGGCUAUUCCUGUUUCAGAAAGGAGGCAUUUAUGGGGUUUAUAUAGAGUGGCUAGAGAAGAAUAUCGCUUUAUAAAGUAUCGAAAGCAAAUAGAGUGGGCUGUCAGCGUGAUACAGAAAAACUACAUUUUAUGGAAGAAACGACAUUUUCUAAUCACCCUUCCAAUGAGAUUACAGGCAAAUAGCCUCAGUCCAAUGUCACCAGAAUGGCCAUCGUCGCCUAAAUUUCUAGUGGAAGCAUCACAGUUGCUGAAGACAAUAUUUCAUAGAUGGAGGUGCAACAGAUAUCGAAAGAUGUUUGAUCAAACGGCUCGGAAUCGGAUGCGAGAGAAAGUAACGGCAAGCAUAUUAUUUAAGGAACGAAAAGCUUCUUAUGUGAAGAGUGUUUCACAUCCAUUUCUUGGUGAUUAUGUUCGACUUAGACAAAACGUGCAGUGGAAGAAGAUUUGUAUUGAAAAUAAUGAUCAAUAUGUAGUAUUUGCUGAUAUAAUCAACAAAAUAGCUCGUUCUAGUGGAAAAUUCGUUCCAAUCUUGUUGGUAUUGUCGACUUCUUCAAUGUUAUUAUUGGAUCAACGAACUCUCCAAAUAAAAUAUCGAGUUCCGGCCUCAGAAAUUUACAGGAUGUCGCUCAGUCCUUAUUUGGACGAUAUUGCUGUCUUUCACGUCAAAGCUGAGGAAUUUUCGUCAAAUAUCUCAACAACUUCAGACACCAAUGGUGGUUGUCUGUUUCAGUCAGAACUAGGCAGGAAGAAGGGGGACUUUAUUUUUCAAACAGGUCACGUCAUUGAAAUUGUGACAAAAAUGUUUCUCGUAAUUCAAAAUGCAACAAAUAAACCUCCAGAAAUCCAAAUUAAUCCCGAAUUUGAAGCAAAUUUCGGACAACAAACGGUAAUAAUGAGCUUUAAGCAACAAUUGAUGACAGAUUUAAAUAAUCAACAGCUAACGAGAGUAUCGAGAAAAGGGAAUCGGAUGGAAAUAACUGUUUAACGUUAACAGUUAAUGUUUAAGCAGAUGCUGAACAUUAAGAAAUAUUAAAUUUCACGAAACAUAGCAAAACAAAAUAUAGCAAUAAUGAGAAAAAUUCAAAAUUAGAGGGAAAUUAAUUAAAUAAUUUUUAAUGAAAAAACAAGUGUCGUUUAGAUGGAAACAAAAAUUUCCUGUAGCUAUUGUUGUUACUUUAUAAUACUAAAGUGCUCUUUUGAGAAAAAAAAAAUGAUAAAAUGAAUCAAAUUAUAUGAAAAAAGGAUAUUUACAAGCAACAAUGAAGUAAUUAAUACGAAAGAUGAAUAAUAUUUCUAUAAGAUGAACGAUUAAUACUGUUUAAGUUUCAAUUUUAAACUUGAAUCAAUUUUCAAUAAUGCUAUAGUUAAACAUAUUUUGAGGACAUUGAAUUUUAACAAAUAAAGACUUUUUAAAAUUAGAAAUUAUAACGGUUGCGAAGAAUUCAAAUUUUAUGCAAAAAUUCAAAUUUCAAAAAGCCGUUAUUUGUGAAAAUCCAAAGGAAGUGUCCCUCAAAUCACUCAUUUAAGUUACACACACCCAACAUAUCAUCAAACAAAGCACUCACUACUCAUCAACGGAUCAUUUCAGUAGCGUUUUAAGAUGAAACUACCUAUAACGUUUUAAAAGUAAAUACUACGUUUAAUUGAGAUAGUUUAUAUGAGAUAAUUUAUUUCUAAUGUUUAACUUAAAGUAAUUUUAAUGAACUUCUAUAAUCAGAUGAAAAAAUUGGACCUUAGAAAAAUAAAUAAAUCAAUAGAUAUGAAACAUAUCUUUAAUAGAAAGUGAUUCAAACAGAAAUUCAUGUAAUUUUAAAUUUAAAAAAUAUGUUUAAGUCCAAAUAAGUUUUAUGACUUGUUAGUUUCUGUCGCUAUAGAUUUUAGACUUAUUUUAAUAAUCAUUCUAUUUAUGACGUAAAAACUUAUGUAUUAUUAAAGACUUUAAUUUAACUAAUUUUUAGAUACAACAUGACAUAGUUACAUUAACUCACUGCCGAUUGAAACGUUUUAAGGAUGAAUAAAAAUAGUAAUAAUUUUAGAAAAUUACCGAAUAAAGAAAUCUCUAGACUAUAAUUGACUGAGACGUUUCCAAAACCGCUUCACUAUGGGCCAGAAAUCGAAAACUUUUCCGAAAAUUAUUUUUUUGGUUUAAAUGAUAGUUCUUUCAUUCCCAUUUAAGAAAAUACUUACAAAAGUGGCCAAUUCAGCCUAAGUUCCGAGUUAUGGCUUUUCAAAUUUUUGAUUAAGAGCAUUUUCUCGCCCCACAAAAAUUGUCACUCCUUUUCAUUAGAUUGAUGAAACUCUUUCAAUUUUUUUUUAAUUGGUAGCUUAAAACAAGAGCUUUAUUUUAACAUAGUAAACAUUUAAGUAUGCAUCUUUUAACUUUAUGAAUUUUAAGGUUUUUUCAAAAAAUCACGUGUUCAGUAUGAUUACGUUCGUCUAGGACUUCACUCUUAAAAUAAAUGAUGCUGAAUCUUUUUUUAUAUUGUAGAUAUAAACAAGAUCUAUAACUUUUAUUAAGAUACUAUAAAGUUUUAGUAGAGUUUUGCUGAUGAAAUUAAGUCUUUUCUUCAAAAAAACUGCAAUUUUUUGACAUAAAUUCCCAUAACUUUUCAGGAUAGCCCAAAGGAGUGGAAUUUUUUUACAUGCUUUGAAAGCUUUUUGGAUAUACUAUCAGAAUAUACAAUCAGCUUGAGUUCGGUUACUGAGACAAUCUCGAGCAAUUUGACUUUGAAGUGUGACCAAAAAUACAUUUCAAAACAUAAAAAUUGAAAAUAAAUUUUGUACGUUUUUCAAAAUUUUAGUUUUUUGCUUUAGAUCAA